GCGAACGCGCCCGCGCGUCGACGUCUCGCCCCGCGCGAGCGCACGCGCGCGCGCGAACGAUCGAGCGAAACACUCCCGUCCGUCUUUCGCCCAUCGCGCGCAUCGCGCGUCGUCGCGCGCGUCGUCGCGCGCGAUGUUUCACCACGCCGCGACCGGCGCGUUCGCGCCGCGGCGAAUGCCGACGCCGCGCGACGACGCGCGCGGGAACGCGAGCGCGCGCGCGUCGAACGACGCGAUGCAACGCAUUUCGUGCGACGCGCGCGUGGGAUCGGAGGGCAUCGUCAGGCGACCGACGCCGAGACUCGGCGGGAAAGGACCGAGCGCGCUGGAACGAGAGUUGAAGGCGAUGCAACGAGGAGGGAGCGAACGGGACGGCGGGGACGCGUCGGGGCGAGAGGCGGAGCGAGCGUUUCACAGCGUGCACGAUUUGGUGCACUACGCGAUUUUGUCGCAACCGAACGCGUUGGCGAGCCUGCGGAUGAUUUAUUCGAUUUGUCAGCGCGCGGGGAGGAUCGCGAGCAAGCAUGGUGCGGGAUCGAGGUUGAUCACGGCGAAUGAACACUGGAAAUCGCAGAUUAGACACGCGUUGUAUACGUCGCCGAGGUUUAAGAGAAUCGGGAGCGACGAUUGGGGCGUCGCCGCGGGGCACUCGGCGAUGCCGGAUACGACGACGGUCUACGUGAGUAAGGAUGAACGGAAGAACGCAGAAAAGACGCAUGCGGUGAGUCGCGCUUCGACGGUUUCAUCGUAUUCGCAUAAGUCGCUCUCGUCGCCGAAAAAGCGACGCUUGUCGACGAGCGCGUCUGUGAAGCCGGCGUCCAAGGCCGAUGAAUAUAGAUCAUCCACUGAGCCGGAGACGGUUUCCAUGCUCGCGCUCGAGGGCGAGAAAGCGUUAAAACUACUUCAUUCGGCGAGUGGGCACUCAGGAAGCGCGCAAAGCGCGUUGUCGAUGGAAGACGCCGUUGGCGCCGGAUCGAGAACGGGCCGAACGAUGACGAAGAGUCCGAGCCCAAGACAGCGUUCGCACUCACGCUCGCGCUCGCGCUCGUGCUCGCCCGAGCCACGUGAAAGCUCCACGCUCGUGGUCGUGGCAGGGCUAUUAGAGCACGAGGGCAAGGUUCUGCCACGCGAUUUUCGUCGAAACAGACGUAAACCUUUCGGUGGAGGGCAUCACGCCGCCAUGCCCGCGGACAGCGAGUGCCGCGUGGACCAGUCGCCCUGCCCCGUGACCGGGCUAGAUUCGUACUAGCCAACCAUUUUUUGCUUGAUUUUGAUUGUUUUGGUCUGCAUCCUCGCGAUGUCGAAUGACAUUUUGUACCAUUUUUGUAGCCUACUUUUGCGGAGGGAAGAGCUGACCGUAAAAAAGAAUUCUUUUGCAAUGAAGAAAUUUUUUCAUU